AUGGAGGACUAUGGUGAUCCCGAGUUCGCUCCAAUCACGGAACGCACUGGAACUAUACUAGAGGAGCGAGAACAACAGACCUUGACUCGCAUUGCCUCUAGCAAAAUCGGCCAACAGCUUUCAAGAUCGGCCAGCACAAAAGAAGGUAUCCCCCCAUACCUCGAUCCCACCAAUCCCCGAUUCGAUCAUCGCCGAUGGGCGCAAAUGGUACUGGAGCAGGUCAACGAUUCAGGCAUCGAUAUCCUCAAUCAAGGCGUGGUAUUCUCCAAUCUAUCCAUACAUGGCUCUGGCUCCGCUCUACAAUACCAGGAAACCCUCACUUCCAGUUUGAGAGUCCCCUUCCGAGCUGCAACCAGAGCUUUGACUGGGCAUACCUCACCACCAAGACAAAUUCUCCGCAACUUCGAUGGCUUACUCCAGGGAGGAGAGCUCCUUCUUGUACUGGGUCGACCUGGAAGUGGAUGUACGACAUUCCUGAAGACUAUCUGCGGACACCUUGGGGGUUUGACCGUGGGGCCUGAAAGUUCAAUCCAUUACAAAGGAAUCGCAUUUGAAGAUAUGAUCAAACAUCACCGAGGAGAUGUCGCAUACAACAAGGAGGUCGACCUACAUUUUCCCCACUUGACCGUAGGUCAGACCCUCACAUUCGCCGCCCAUGCUCGUGCACCCCAACAACGCCUGAAGGGUGUGACCCGCAAUGAAUACGUUGAGACAAUCACUCAGGUUGUCCUGUCCGUCUUUGGAUUGUCCCACGUCUACAACACCAAGGUGGGCAACAAUUUUGUACGAGGUGUCAGCGGAGGCGAGAGAAAGCGAGUCAGUAUUGCCGAGAUGUUCUUGUCUCGCUGUCGCAUCGGAGCAUGGGACAACAGCACCCGUGGUCUAGAUGCCGCAUCUGCCCUGAAAUUCGUGAGAUCAUUGCGCCUUUCGGCUGAUAUGGGGCAAUCCUGCCAUGCCAUUGCCGCCUACCAAGCAUCACAGUCGAUGUAUGAUCUUUUCGACAAGGUGGUUCUUCUAUACGAAGGGUACCAGAUCUAUUAUGGACCCAGAGAGCGUGCAGUUUCCUAUUUCCAAGACAUGGGAUGGCAGAGACUUGAGCGCCAAGUCAGUGGUGACUUUUUGACUGCAAUCACCAACCCAGCAGAACGCACGGCACGGCCUGGCAUGGAAGGCAAGGUCCCCCGCACAGCGAAGGAGUUUUCCGAGUAUUGGAAAAAUAGCCCGGAGUACCAGCUCUUACACAAGGAAAUUUCCGAAUUCGAACGUGAACAUCACCCAAAUGUCGACGAAAAGAAAAGACUCAUGGAAAGCCACAAAGAGCAGCAAGCUCGCCACACUCGAGCUCGUAGCCCUUUUCUUCUCUCCAUCCCUAUGCAGGUACGGCUGUGCAUACACAGAGCCUACCAGCGAAUGCUUCAAGAUCUUCCAACAGCCAUGGCACCGGUUAUUGUUCAGAUCAUUCUAUCUCUGAUCAUUGGAUCCAUCUUCUACAAUACUCCUGAUACCCCCAAUUUCUUCUUUCAAAAGGGUGCAGUGAUGUACUUUGCUGUGCUCAUGAAUGCCAUUCUUACGAUCAACGAAAUCCUCCAACUCUAUGCCCAGCGCCCCGUUGUCGAAAAGCAAGCUGGGUAUGCAUUUGUCCACCCGUUCACUGAAGCACUAGCCAGUCUCAUCAUCGAUUUACCGAUCAAGAUCAUACGAAUCUCAAUCUUCACAGUGGUCCUCUACUUUAUGGCAAACCUGCGCCGUGAAGCGGGAGCUUUCUUCAUCCACUACCUAUUCUUGCUCACUGCAGUUCUGGCCAUGUCUGGCUUGUUCCGCAGUGUCGGUGCCUUGACCAAAUCUGUUGGGCAGGCCAUGGCGAUUGCCGGUGUGCUUGUGCUCUGCAUUGUCGUCUAUACCGGAUUUACUCUCCCACAGCCAUAUAUGCAUCCUUGGCUUUCGUGGAUCCGGUGGAUCAGCCCGAUCUACUAUACAUUCGAAGCGCUCGUGGCCAAUGAAUUCCAUGGUCGAACAUUUGACUGUUCCGCAUUCAUCCCGAGUUAUGGAACUGGGACGUCCUUUAUCUGCUCCACUGUCGGUGCAGUCGCCGGUCAACGAACUGUAUCUGGGGAUGCUUUCAUUGAAGCAAACUACGAGUACAAGCACUCUCAUUUGUGGCGGAACUACGGAAUUCUCAUCGGCUUUUUUAUCGCCCUCAAUACACUUUACUUGGUUGCGACAGAGUACCUUACUGAUGACAAGUCAAAGGCUGAGGCGCUGGUUUUCCGCCCUGGACAUGCGCCCAAGUAUCUGCAGGAAGGUCACAGCAUCGAGCUUGGAAUCCAGGAGGUCAAUAAGCUCGAGCUCCAGAUGACCAAUGAUACCAUCCGUUUACCCGAGCAAAAGGACAUUCUGUCAUGGAACUCCCUCAACUACGAUAUCCCCGUGAAGGAGGGCACCCGACGACUCUUGGACAACGUCAAUGGCUGGGUCAAGCCUGGUAGCCUGACUGCCUUGAUGGGUGUUUCUGGAGCUGGAAAGACAACGCUUCUUGAUGUCCUUGCGCAGAGAGUCUCUAUCGGUGUUGUCUCUGGUGAUAUAUUCGUGAACGGCAAGACCCUUGCGGCAAACUUCCCCCGUCGGACUGGAUAUGUGCAACAACAAGAUCUUCAUCUUGAUACCACCACUGUGAGGGAAGCUUUGCGUUUCAGUGCUAUGCUUCGUCAGCCCCAGAAGGUUACCAAGCAUGAGAAGUAUGAGUACGUCGAACAAGUCAUCAAAGUCCUUGGCAUGGAAGAUUUCGCCGAAGCGGUGGUGGGAAGCCUGGGAGAGGGCCUCAACGUCGAGCAAAGGAAGCUGCUUAGCAUUGGUGUUGAACUUGCUGCGAAACCUACCCUGCUUAUCUUCCUCGACGAACCUACCAGCGGUCUGGACUCUCAAAGCUCUUGGACUAUUUGUCAAUUUCUCCGAAGACUUGCAGAUCACGGCCAGGCUGUCCUCGCGACGAUCCACCAGCCUAGCGCGCAGUUGUUCCAAACCUUCGAUCGUUUGCUCUUCCUUGCGAAGGGGGGAAAGACCGUCUACUUUGGCGACAUCGGAAAUCAGUCUUCCACCCUUUUGAAUUACUUCGAGAACAACGGCGCCCGACCGUGCGAGGAACUCGAAAAUCCCGCGGAAUACAUCUUGGAAAUGGUUGCUGGAGAUUCUUGCCCAAUCGACUGGGUUGCGGCCUGGAACAAGAGCCCGGAGUAUGAAGAGGUACAGGCUGAGGUCGAACGACUUCAUAAUGAUCCCAAACAGUCUUCUUAUCGACCUUCAUUGGACGGGCCUGACGAAUUUGACGACGACAACUCCGAGUUCGCCAUGCCACUCAGAAGCCAGCUGUAUUAUGUUCUUGAACGAGUCUUCCAGCAGUACUACCGUCAGCCAGAAUACGUCUACUCCAAAUUUAUCUUGGGUAUUGUGUCUGGAUUAUUCAUCGGCUUCUCGUUCUGGAAAUCAGACAACACCCAACAAGGCUUCCAAAACGUGCUCUUCAGUAUUUUCCUUCUGUGCACAAUUUUCAACACACUUGUCAACCAGAUCAUGCCCAAGUUCGUCGUCCAACGUUCCCUCUACGAAGUUCGCGAACGCCCAUCCCGCAUCUACUCCUGGAAAGUCUUCAUCCUCUCCCAGAUGUUCGUCGAAAUCCCCUUCCAAGUUUGCCUCGGCGUCUGCUCCUGGGCCUGCUUCUACUGGUGCGUCUUCGGCGCCGACCAGGACUCCGAGCGCCGCGCACUGAUCAUGCUAUUUAUCGUCCAAUUCUACAUCUACGCCGCAAGCAUGGCACAGCUGGUCGUCUGCGCAAUCCCCGAGCCUGCACUCGCAGCUAUGGUCGCCACGCUGAUGUUCGGUCUUUCCUUCAUCUUCAACGGCGUGAUGCAGCCGCCCGAUGAUCUGCCCCGCUUCUGGAUCUUCAUGUAUCGCGUCUCACCAUUUACCUACUACAUCGGCGGUAUCAGCGCUACAGCGCUCCAUGGCCGCCCGGUGGAGUGCAAUGCUGCGGAGAUGAGUGUCUUUGAUCCGCCUUCUGGUCAGACCUGCUUCCAGUAUAUGGAGAAGUACCUCGAAACUGCAGCCGGGACACUUGCCAAUUACAAUGCUACGUCUGGCUGUGAGUACUGUUCUCUCAGUUCGGCGGAUCAGUACCUUGCUGCGAGGAAGAUUGAGUGGGUUCAUCGCUGGCGAAACUACGGGAUCUUCUGGUGUUAUUUCUUUUUCAAUAUUUUUGCUGCUAUUACGCUCUAUUACCUCUUCAGAGUGCGGACCUCCAAGGCCAAGACGAAGAAGGCUUGA